AUGGCGGCGCGGUGCCCUCAGCUCUCCCUCGUCCCGCUCCUGCUCUCCCUCGCCCUGCCGGCCCUCGCCACCCCUCAGGAGGCUCCGCAUCGCCGCUUCGAGUACAAGUACAGCUUCAAAGGGCCGCACCUGGUGCAGGCGGAUGGCACCGUGCCCUUCUGGGUGCACACGGGCAAUGCCAUCCCGAGCGCCGAUCAGAUCCGCAUCACCACCUCCCUGAAGAGCCAGAAGGGCUCGGUGUGGACCAAGAACAAGGCGCUCUUCGAGCACUGGGAGGUCGAGGUGACCUUCCGAGUGACGGGGCGAGGCCGCAUCGGAGCCGACGGAUUGGCGGUGUGGUUUACGGAGGAGCAAGGCCUGGAAGGGCCCGUUUUCGGGGCGGCCGACAAGUGGAACGGCGUGGGGGUCUUCUUUGAUUCCUUCGACAACGACGGCAAGAAAAACAACCCCGGGGUGAUUGUCGUUGGCAACAACGGGAAGCUCCUCUACGACCAUCAGAAUGACGGCGCCACCCAAGCCCUGGCCACCUGCCUGAGGGAUUUCCGGAACAAGCCCUACCCCGUGCGGGUGAAGAUAGCCUACUACCAAAAAACGCUGACCGUGCUGGUCAACAACGGCUUCACCCCGGAUAAGGACGAUUACGAGCUGUGUGCCAAGGUGGAGGACAUGCAGCUGCCAGCCCAGGGCUACUUCGGAGUAUCUGCAGCCACGGGGGGACUGGCAGAUGACCACGACGUGCUGUCCUUCCUGACCUUCCAGCUGACCGAGCCCGGCAAGGAAGCACCACCAGCAGAUGCAGAAAUUCCUCAGAAGGACAAGGAGAAGUAUCAGGAGGAGUUCGAGCACUUCCAACAAGAGCUGGACAAAAAGAAGGAGGAGUUUCAAAAAGAACACCCCGACGUGCAAGGCCAGCCAGCUGAUGAUUUCGAGAGCGUGGGCGACCGCGAGCUGCGGCAGAUCUUCGAGGGGCAGAACCGCGUGCACCUGGAGAUCAAACAGCUCCACAAGCAGCUGGACAUGAUCCUGGACGAGCAGAGGAGGUACCUGACGGCGGUCAGCGAGGAGAUGAGCGCCGUGGCCGAUGUGCUGCGAUCAGCGGGCGGGGCCCCCGAGGCCGAUCAGCACUUCAGCGACAUCAAGGAGCACCUGCACCUGGUCAGGAGGGACAUCGAGCACUUGGCCCAGCGCAACCCGCCGCCUGCCGAGAAGCCCAAGUGCCCCGAGCUGCCGCCUUUCCCCUCCUGCUUGUCCACGCUGCAUUUCAUCAUCUUCACGGCGGUGCAGACGGUGCUGUUCGUCGGUUACGUCAUGUACAGGAGCCAACAAGAAGCAGCAGCCAAGAAGUUCUUCUGA